CUGAGUUUCUCUCUCACACAGUCUUCUAAAGCCACAACAGACCGCAAAUUAUUCCCUAAGCCUGCUGGGUUUGAGGGGGAAUCCAACAUGUGCGACCCAUCAGAGAAGGGAAACCUUACUCAGGAUUUGGAUUUGGGUCACGCUCAAGCAGAGUGCCUCGUCGGCGGGGCGGAUGCAGAAGAAACAUCAUCAGCUCUGUUGUCCAGGAAGACGGCCAUGACUCAGUUUGAGGGAAGAGCACUUGGCGUGGAUAAAGCAAUCUUACACAGCAUUGACUCCUGCGCCUCAGAUGAAACAAAGCGUAAAAUGUACAGCAGUGUUCUGCUAGUUGGUGGUGGGCUGCUGUUUCACGGAGCACAAGAGUUUCUGCAGCAUCGCAUCCUCAAUAAGAUGCCUCCAUCUUUCCGUUGUCUGGUGGAGAACGUCGAUGUCAUCACACGACCAAAGGACAUGGAUCCUCGUGUGAUUGCGUGGAAGGGUGGAGCCGUGCUGGCGUGUUUGGACACCACGCAGGAGCUCUGGAUUCACCAGCGAGAGUGGCAGCGCUUCGGUGUGCGUAUGCUCCGCGAGCGGGCCGCCUUUGUCUGGUGACCCCAGACAACAUGAGCCAUGCCUUCAUUGCAUUUAAUCUGUUUCGUUCUCCUGUUUGGGGCAUGUCAAUCUGGCAGUAUAAUGAUAUAAACAAUGUAAAGGUAGAACAAAAAAAUCUUGCAAAUAAUUUGUUUAGGAUGAUAAAAAUAACUGUAGUAGAUGAUUAUGAAAAAACAGUGGCAGUUUUUCAUUAAAAAGUACGCGUUUUUUGUAUCCUUUUCAAUUUUCUUCACUCUAAAACCAUGCACUGUAACAGUUGAUGUAAAUUGUUUCUUACAAAAGUAAUAUGUAUUUAAAAGAUACUUAUUAAAAGUUGUUCUUUAUCUUUAAAGUUUUAUACAGCAGUUUUAGGUCUGGAAUCUGAUUGGCUGAGCAACGGUGGUGUUGUAGCAUCUCAUAAUAAGUCAUAUGUACUGUAGUGUUCAUAAUGUACUAAUUUUCUCAAAAAAUGCCACAUUGUGACAGUGUAAUAAUGUUUAGGCUCAUACAUUUAUUACAUUGUUAAAUUAAAAUAACUUAAUGCUAUGCUA